AUGAGAUAGAUUUUAAUUUCUGUUAUUGUUUAUGGAUUGGUAGCCCUUUCUGAUUAGUAAUGCGCUGAUUAUGCUAAUUAUCAAAAUACACUAUGUCAAUGUGUUAAAGGUUAUUAUAGUACAGACCCGUCUACUAUAGUUUGUUAAUAAUGUCCAGGUAACACUACGACUUCUGUUAAUUAAUAAAAUAUCAGUGAUUGUAAUGUUUGUUCAGGAAGAUUAUACUACGUUUAAACUCCUGCACAAGCAACAUAAUCUGCUGUAUGUGCUAAGUGUCCAUCAGGGUCAUAAUUAUUUUCUCCACCUAGUUUAUAGCCAGGUGAAUCAUAAGAUUAAAGUGCCUGCAAUGCUUGCUUAGAUGGAUAUUAUCUUGCUUAAGUACCUAGUGGUAGCGGUGCUUCAGCUACAGCAGCAUAAUGCAUAUAAUGCCCAAAUUAUUCUUCAACGGGAACUGUCGGAAUUGAUAUAUAAAAAGUUACUGAUUGCAAAUUUUGUAUUUAAGGCGCUUAUUUAGCAGCUAAAGCUGUAGAUGGUUCUGCAAUUUGUUAACCAUGUCUAGAAGGGGUUACUGCAUAAAAAUCAUCAGAUAUUUAAAAUGCUUCCAAUUGCAUUACAUGUCAAGCAGGGUAUUACUUGGAUAUUUAUGAUAACAUGUUAGGCGCAAAAUGCAAAUUAUGCCCUACAGGAACAUUUUCUUCACUUAAUCGUUCAGGAAUUAUAAACUGUGUUGCUUGCCAAAAAAAUUAUUACAAAACUUAAUAUGCUUAAGUUAAUAUCGCUGCUACUUGCCUGCUCUGCCCAACUGGCUCUGGUAAUUAUUUUAGCUCUUCUUAAACACUAGAUAUUUCUUCAUGUAAUAUUUGUCUUAGUGGUUUUUAUAUGACUUAAGCCUCAAAGAAAGGUCUUUCUCCUGCUCCUGCUUAGUGCUAACAAUGCCCUGAUAAUUCAACAAGUAAUUUAACUGCACUAAUUAAUUCCAUUUCCUCAUGUACUUGCUAUGAUUAAUAUGCUCUUCCUCUAUCUAGUUCUUAAAAAACUUGUUAGUGCAAACCUGGAUAUGGAGGGAAUGUCGCAAUCAUACCAAACUCUGUUGGCUGCAAACCCUGUGAUCCUGGUUUUUACUCAAACUCAGGUUAAUGUACUCCAUGUCCUCCAGGAACCUACUCUUAAGGUACCUCAAAUACUUCCUGCACACCUUGUGGUGAGGGUUAAUUUACAUCUAACCCUGGUUCUUCUUCUUGUAGCAACUGUCCAAUUGGUUCAACAAAUACUAAUGGUAAUAUAGGAUGCAAAUGCUAUGAUUUGAAUUCCUUUUCUUGGUCUUCAAUUUCAAAUACUUGCAAGUGCAAAGCAAAUUAUUUUGGAGAUGCGACUUUAUCAACAAAAUCUUUAACAAAUAUUUGUUAAAAAUGUUUAAAUAAUGGAAUAUCAGACCCUGGUGCUGCCAAGACAUAAGCAAAUUGCAAGAGCUAAUAUUAAUUUUCAGAGUUACAUAUCUUAGAAAUUAUUUUAAUUUCUAUUUUUAUAUUAAUUUGA